AUGCCUAUUUCACGGAAAAAGGCCUGCACAAACUGCCGCUCUUCUAAAGCGGGCUGUGAUAGGGCGCUUCCUGCGUGUCAUCGCUGUGUUGAGAAACAACUCCGAUGCAUGUAUGAUGGCCGGAAACGAGACCGCUUCUCGCCUCUAGCUAGGCCAUUGCUCCCACGUGUCGCAAAGAGCCAUAUCCAAGGAUCAGCUGCAAACUCAUCAGACACAUCCGAAAAUCCUGCUAUAGGCGGUCCAAGACCACCUGCUCAAUCGACAGCCGCCUUUCCCAUUGAAUGGUGGGGGUCAGACGAGUUUGGCAAUUCUAUCGACUCGACAGCAGAAAAAGGUGCUUCAAAUUCUCUUAUCCGACUCGAGCCUCCGAUAGGGGCGUCUGCAUGUAGCAUUACUGGGACCCCAUCUAGAUUCUCCCUGGAUGAAACGCUCACUGCACCUGCCUUAGGUAUACCUGGCUUGAGUUAUUCCACGCCCGAUUCCCAGUUGAGCUCAGUUACACAACGCUCGGAUUCCCGAAAGCUCAGACAACGAUACCCCUUAAGGGAUUGUUUGCUGGGUGUUGCUGUCUUAGGCCAGCUCUGCAGCUACCCCAAAAUGAUGAUUGAGGGUUUACAGCUCCCUCCGUUCAUCAAGGCGCCUUGCCAUCAGAAUGAGGAGCUCGCCCCCGGUUGUGUGACGGCGGGGAGACACCAAUGCUUCCCAAAAAGACUCGAUGCUUGCGCGGGCCUUGUUCAAAUGUAUUACUCCAGGACCGAUGAGAAUGUCGAUGCCAUAUGGAGUAUGAUCUAUGCAGAAGUAGCAAAGCUAGCAUCAGAGGUUAGAAUGGACCCGGAGCUUGAGCAGCUUACGACUUUACAGUGUCCAGUGCCAAAUGCCGAAGAAAAGCUUGAGAUCAUGCAAUGCCUCACAAUCUUUCUGCUUUUACAGGCCGACGAUCCCCAAUCAUAUGAGGCAAAUGAUAUUGACUUCCUGCUGACUGUUGCCAUUGAUACGUACUAUGACCUCGCUUUGACUCAAGAAUGGCGUUUUGAGCUCCCAAACGUCAGACCGCUGUACCGAGAGUGGAUUUUCCGAGAAACCAUGAGAAGGCUCAUGAUCAUUUACGGUAUUUUUGAUCUGCUUCUCGAAGGCAUCGUUGGCACAGAUAAGACUGGCUGCAAGGGUGGAAGUGGGCUGAGCAAUGCCUCACUUCCCUGCACUCGGGAUAUGUGGGAAGCAUCUACAGUUCGAACAUGGGUGGCUUGUUAUCAGAGAUAUAUCUCUUCAAGGCAAAGCGGUGUGAUGCUUCUCACUCGGCACAUUAUGGAGUUGAGGCUCACAGAUCCCUUUGCAAUUCCACUUGGCGAUAGCCCAAUAUCUGAAAUGGUUCACUGGUGUAAAGGAAUGGACACAUUGGGGAAUUUGAUCUGGAUGGUCCUCCCUUUACAGCAGUACCGAAUACGGGAUGACACGCGUGCAAUUUGGUGA